CGAUGAGCCAUUGUGUCUAGCAAGAGCGGUUGACUUUCCUCAACAACCUUUCUCCUAUAUCAUCUAUCAAGACACUAAACAGCCCCUAGAAACACUGGCCUUCUACGUUUAAUGUGGCUGGCAACUUCCUCAUUCUUGCUUCCCCGGUCCUCUUCGCGUCAUCACAAGUUGAAAUGUCUAAGGGAGACUCCGAUGGCGGCCCCUGGCUGUGGUUGCAGCAUGCUGAAGAAGCGAAUGAUGCAAUUCCUAGAGCUACUGUAACACUGCUUGUCGCAGCAAUCACAGCCCUUGGUUUUUUCGCUUGGUUCAGGAGGCGAAGAGACGCGACGGCUCCAUUGCCGCCGGGCCCCCGAGGGUUGCCAUUCCUUGGGUACCUCCCAUUCCUGGGGACCAAUCUCCACCGGAAAUUUGCCGAGUUGGCUGAGUCCUACGGCCCCAUCUUCAAACUCCAGCUCGGAAGCAAGUUAUAUGUUGUGGUUAACUCCCCGUCGCUGGCCAAAGAAAUCGUACGGGACCAGGACAUGACGUUCGCCAAUCGGGACCCGAACAUCGCUGCAAGCAUCAUCACAUACGGCGCAAGGGAUAUCGCCUUCUCAAGCCAGGGGCCUUAUUGGAGGAAUCUCCGCAAACUGUUCAUACGACAGAUAAUGAGCAACGCAAGCCUUGAUGCCUGUUACGAUUUGAGGAAGCAGGAGGUCAGGAAAGGUUUGAGCGAUCUACACAGAAAAUCCGGGGUGCCAGUGGAUAUCGGCGAGUGGGCCCUUCUGAUCUUGAUUAAUGCGAUCAUGGCGAUGUUGUGGGGAGGGACACUUACGGGAGAGAAGGGUGAAGCCAUGGGCGUCGAGUUCCGAAAGGUGGUGACCAAACUCAUGGGGCUCUUAGGUACUCCGAAUGUUUCGGACUUUUUCCCAGCACUUGCUUGGCUUGACCUGCAAGGAGUGGAAAGGGACAUGAAAAGGGUGCAUCACUGGCUUGAUGAUUUUAUACAGUCUGUUGUCGAUUGCGCCACUGAAGGACGAACCGAUGAAAUGUUCGAGCAGAAGAAAGGAGAAUCUAAAACCAAUGAACAGAAAAAGGACUUUUUGCAGAUUUUCCUGGACCUGGAGAUGGAUCUUGAAGAUGACCAGUCUCCAACGGACAAGAAUGGAGCACUCAAGGCCAUUCUUACGGACAUCGUGGUUGGCGGAACCGAUACGGUUUCAACAAUGGUCGAGUGGGUGAUGGCAGAGUUGCUGCAUAAACGAAAUGUGAUGAGCAAAGUAGUCCAUGAAUUGACAGUAGUCUUGGGGGAGGAUAAGAUGGUCGAAGAGCACCACUUGCCCAAAUUAAAGUACCUCGAUGCUGUCAUCAAGGAGACGUUCCGCUUGCACCCUCCAGUAUCAUUAUUAGUGCCUCGGACACCACAUGCUUCCUGUGUAGUCGGGGGUUUCACGAUACCGAAGGGCAGUAACAUAUUCCUGAACAUGGCUUAUAUCCACAAGGACCCCAGGAUUUGGGACAAACCACUGGAGUUUCGACCGGAGAGGUUCUUGGAAAAUCCCAGCGAGUAUGAUCUCUCCGGUAACAACUUCAAGUACAUGCCUUUCGGUUCCGGUCGGAGGAUAUGUGCGGGGUUGCCGCUGGCAGAGAGGAUGCUAACGUAUGUCUUGGCUUCUCUUCUGCAUUCGUUCGAGUGGGAACUUCCUCUAGGGACGGAGCUGGAACUCUCGGACAAGUUCGGGCUCGUGGUCAAGAAAAUGAAUCCCUUGGUCGCCAUUCCCAGGCCGAGAUUCUCUACGCCGGAGCUCUACAUGUCCCGAUAGAUCUUUGAGUCGAGUCUCAAGGCUCUUCAUUUUCAGUUGUACGAAAUAAAUGUAUCCGGCCAGCAUAUUAGGCCAGAAGAUGAAAUCUUGUACCUUUUAAGAGCAGAACGUUUCAGUUAUUGCAUAUUUAUUAUAUUAAGGAGUUUUCG